UCCGAUCGCUUGCAACACCCAUUUUUUUAUUCCGAAUAUUCUUUAUACUCUUGUGCAUUUCUGGGUGAAUUUUUAUGUGCGAUUUAUAUUUCGCUGCGAGGAACAAGUUUACGCUUUACCGAGUGUCGUAAAAAUUGGAAUUUUCGGUUCACGGAUUGCCGCCGCGGGUCGUGCUAAUGAGUGCUGUGAAUCACCUCAAGUGGUUGGCUGUAAUAAUUAUUGGGCAAGUGGUGAAGGGCAGAUGCCCCUGAUGGGUGAAGCAAAUUCUGGAAAAUCAAGUUCUCACCUGCAAAGUGAAAAUAUUGUAUUUCGAAUGGAUAAAUAAUGGUCUAGCUAGUGAUGAUCUGAUUGGAAGAAUACUGGGCCCUAUAAUUCAUAUCAAACCGAUGAAAACUUUCGGAAACGUAGACUGCAAAUCUGUGUGUUACCCCUAAAAAUCAACAGGAGAUGCACCUGUUCCAGCAGGAACAGCUUCGCCGGAAUCAGAUUAUGAUCCCCUUCGAUCGCAGUUUAUACGAAAAUGCUCGCGAAACGCUCUAGUGCUGUAACGGUUAAUUAUCAGCAAAGGUCAAACCGUCAGGGCCUGUCCUAGUAGAUACAUUCCCUCAGAAGUUGGUACUUGCGAACGAGGGAAUGCUAUAGCAAGUGCUGCUGCAGCUAAUGAAUGAAAUUGAUAUACGCUCACACUAAUUAGCCCUUCGGAACUGUAGCAUUGUAUAUCGUUCAUUCGCAGAAAACCAACCCGAACAACAACGGCAUGUCAAGUUAACCGUGAGGUUUUGACACCCUUUUGAAGAUAGCUAAAUAUCAAAAUUUGGUGGCGUAAUUUCUUAAUCUCACAUAGUUAAACCCUAUAGAUUGUAAGAUCGACAAGUAUUAAGUAUUAGCAGUAGUUGCAGUCAUGAGAACAAAACAUUUCUUACUAAUUUUAUUUACGGUGGUUAGCACCACUAUACUGUUGAUUCUGCUUGGGCCAGCCGGUCAACAGAACGACUCUAUCAAAAGCAUCGUAUCGCAGACGCAUGAACGGUUACGGAAUCUACAGAAUAAUCUCCGAGAUGCGAGUGAACCGCACCCGGAAAUGGAUCCCAAGUACUUGGCCUUGCUUGGGUUCAGUCAGUCACUGUACAAUGGUACCCGGUACAACUUUUCCGUUGUAACCUACACACUUCCCGGUGAGGUGGCUUCCACGAUACUGUUUGCGCAAAACAUAGCGCUGAAGCUACCCACGGAGCAGUUGCUAAUUUACGAUCUUGGACUAGCGGAGGCAGAAUUGCACACGCUGCAAGCCUUCUGCAACAGUUCCCGCUGCACUGUGAUAACCUACGACGUUAGUGCACUUCCGUCCUACAUUACGGAUGAGAACAUGCACGCCUUCCGACCAAUCAUCAUCCACGAUGCGCUGAUCCGGGCCAAAACAAUUCUGUUUACCGAAAAUCUUGUACGGUUGCGGGCCAGCGCCAAAGAAUUGUCGGAAUUUCGAAUUAAGACGGAGAAUGGCAGCGGCGUUACCGGGUGGGCCACUCGACAGGCCGUCACCAGUCGCACCCAUCCGAAAAUGUUCGACUACUUCGAUACCGAUGCGGACAAUUACCUGUUCGUGCGGAUGGUGGCGUUGGAUUUCGUUUUCUUUUCCAGUACCCCACUCGUCAACGAUAUGGUCAUGCUGCCCUGGGUACGCUGUAUGUUGACACCGGAAUGUUUGCAUCCCAUUGGUGCCCAAUCUGGUGGAUGCAAGUAUAACAAGAAGCCCCAGUAUCGGUACUCGGGCUGCCACGGUUACGAUACGUCAGCCUUCAACAUCAUCCUGGGUUUAACGUAUGGCUUCGACGAGGACAAAUACUCGGCCCACAAUGAUUCCAGCACCUUGUUCUAUCUGGAAACGCUAGAGCAGGCUACCAAAAUACUGGAAAAUCGACGAAAAAACAUAAGCGACACCUCGGAACAUCCAUACACGGAAGAGUGAACGAUCAACAACGGGAUGAAGUCAGGGUUUGGAUAAGGUAUUUUUUAUAUGUAUAUAUUUCUACGAAUGACUAGCGCACCGAUCCUAAUGCUUUUUUUUAUAUUAGUAAAGAAUGAAGCGAGAUGUCGCGGUCGAACGAUUUAAUCAAUAGAAGGAAUGUGCGUGUCAAACUAUCUCAAAUGUUGUCGAACCGCCAGAUAAGUUUUGUAGUAAAUUUUGCUAGGAAACAGCUGGACUGAAGUUUCUUUUUUACAGACACUUAUCUCAUAGAUAGUGAUGAAAGCGGACGGUGGAAGGAAUUGAAAAUGUAGAUGGUGCGUUAUAAAUCAGACCAAUGUUUCAAACGAGCGAAAACCGUUUGCAAUGCCGCGAAAAAAUAAUUGCACACAUAACUUUUUACCAGAUACGAUUAAUAUGCUAUAAACAAUGAGCGCUCGGCACAGUGGGUUAAAAUUGCACAACGUGCUCGUGCCAUUCCAUCUUGAACUAACAUUUAAAAAACUCAACUUAUUAAUAUGAUUAAAAGUGAACCUCACAAUAUUAUUGUACUCAUAAACUACGCAAUGUUCCAUCAAACUAAACUUUCGACAGGCGAUUUCAACAUACUGUGCGGUUUGCUUGAGUUCGACUUUAAACUGUACCGAACAAGAAAACAGAAUUUUUGGGCUAAAAGCGCAUACAAAAAAAUGGUUUCAAACAGCUUUACCACAAAUUUGCGCUUUAUUGUAAAUAAAUAUGUGUAGAUGUCUAAUUAUUCUUCUAUGGUCAACAUGCAACCAAACAAGCAAAAUCAAAUAUUCGCACAUCUUAUAGUGCUCCCCAAUAGCCUAUAGGUAUCUAAUGUAAUCCUUUCUUUGCAUUCAGCUUUGAUGUUUUAUUAACGAUUCCGUCUCGUUGGAAAGGCUGAUUGGUUGUAAAUUAUUCGUUGCUUUCUGAGUUAGUUUAAAGGUUGGCUGCGUGUCAUUCUCACUCUGUAAAGGUCUUUUAGAAGAAGACUUAAAUUAUUCUCAAAUCAAGCACACGAAACUACUCACUACCGUUUCAACUGAAAUCAUCAAUUCUUUUGCAUAAAGUAGUAAUUGUUCUGAGCAAAUCAUAUGUUGCUUUAACAAAAACCAAUUAUUAAAUUUGUAGAUCUGGUGUACCGACAGUUAGAAUUUCACUCAGCGCCAACUUUCAUGUAUGUAUAUUUCAAAUUUCUGUAUAUAUCGCCCCUUCAUUUGAAACGCAACUGCAAAACAUUUCUCGUUUAAAUCUCUAACUCUUAAGACAAACAAUGAUGUGUGAUGUUACUCUUGUAAGGAACCAAAUGAAGAAGAAAAAUAUAAGUGAUAAGAAAUGCUAAACGAAACCACCAGUGGCCAAGUCAAUCCGUGGUUAGGAUUCAAAACUGAAACAAAGAAGUCAAAAAAGCGUAGAAGAAGAAAGCUACAGAAUAGAACUGAUCGAAAGUCAAACUUGAAUGAUACGCACAUGAGGUCACAACACACGAAUGAGGCAUGGUGAUAGAUUUAUCAUUUCUACUGGAAUGGUUGGAUCGGUGCAUGAUUUAUAUUAUACGCUGUAACAGUUAAAUUAACAUGUUAUACGAGAUGAAAGGUCAUUUCGCGAUCCACCAAACUUUCUACGACAGAUGAGAAAAUGCAAAAUGCUAACCACUGAGUUCAGUUACAAAACCAAAACUAUCGGGUAAAAUGGUUCAUUCGUUCGAUUUCUACUAGUUUAGCUAAAUAAGGCAUAAAGAGUAGUUAAAUUACAUUUGAAAUUAAGAGCAAAUUGAAUAAAACUAGAGUAGAUGGCAAUACAGUUAAAAAUACUUAUAUAAUCGUAGUAAACUAGAGUCACACAAUGAAGCCACAUAAUAGUCAUCCGUUGUUAAGUAGAAAAAAAACGACCAUUUUAUAAUAGGAACUAUUAAUAGGCAAAGAAAGCUAAACUUGAAAUGAAUAACUCACUGCUAGAUAGUAAUCAAUAGCAGAACAAAACCAUCAUCAUACUGUUUGCUUUAUUGCGAAUCAAAACGUACAGAUACAUUGUAACGUUUACUCAAUAUUUUGUCUCAAGCACAUUUCCUUUUAAACUAGCUUUUUUUCUUUCUUCAGAAGAAGAUUUAAAAAUAAGGAAUUUUCUCCCCAGGACCAUAUCUGAUGAAAGGGGCAUCACAUUUAUGUAAAAUCCAUACACACUGAAAGGCCAACUAACAGCAACUAAUGGAACACUCACACAACUACAUGAAACUGAAACACCGUUGUAAAGACAAUCGAGCUUACUAGCCAAAAAAUGAUGAAUUCCUUCUCUAUAGGCACAUUACUGUUACCGCUCCAUUUUGCUAAGUUGAAUUUGCUAUUUAACAUGCUAAAAACAAUAUGCGUAUAUGAAAUUCAUUAAAAAACAAAAAAAGGUCCAGUAUUUUCCUAUGGUAUUAACUUUUGAAUCUGAAAACUGCUAAGUAUAUUUAAUCUUGUAUACAGAAGUUACCUUAAAACUAAAGUUGAUAUCAAUACUGUCACAAAACAUUGAACGCUUCACCUUCAUCAGGAAGUUUCCGGGGAAGAAAAUUCAUUGGAUCAAUCGUUAAUAUACAAUAGUGCCGUUUUUUUAGAAGUUAUUUAUUGAGGUUGAAAAAAAUUUUUUUUUCUGAAGCUUGAUACCUACUUGGUUUGGUUAGAUUAUUCAUUCAAAUGUUCGCUGCAAAUUUGAAAACUCUUUUCGGAGACAAUCAUUUGGCACUAUAGAACCAGCAUCUCAAGCUUACUGACAUUUUUUUCAUUGCUUUAUCAGUAUUGAAUUACAUUACUUUGGUUUGCAAGUUUGCAAUGAUGAAAUAAUUUUGUCGAAUAUUAUUUAAAAAAAAAAUAAGUGAAAAUUAUCUAUUUGAUUGAAAACUAUUUCUUGAAAUAGCUUUAUUAUUCUAUCUAUUUUUUUUUAAAUGAAUCGAUUUUUUUUACCUAAAUAUUUUACAAAAAUUUUAUUACAGUAAUAUCACAGAUAAUAUGAAUUCUUUAAAAAUGCAAAUGCUUAACCAUGAAAAAAUUUAACAAAAAUGCAUAUUUUGUUCAGAAAAAUGGCAAUUCUUUACACAUAUCUGCAUUCAAAGAUCUAAAUCUUCAUACGAUAGAAUAAAAGGAAAAAACAAAUAGCAGGUAAUCGUCUCACACAGAAACAUGAAAUUUUUCAUCCAUGUUCUCAAAGCAAGCUACCAAAAAUUAUCGAUAAAAAUUUAGAAAACAAAUCACAAAAGCUGAAAAGAUAACAAACCUAAGCCAAUAUUUGAAAUGAAACGAAAAACAAAAAUUGCACAGUAGAAUCUCCUAUCGAAUGAUGAUAGAGGUUAGUCGCAGUUGAUAAGUUUCGAACCCUACGUAGAAACAUUGAAAACAAUACAACCUGUAGAUUUUUAAGCCGAUUUUUAGCUGAACACUGUUUUCGGAAAAAAAAUACUCUGAGACAAAUUCUGCCUACGACCAGAACCGUGAAUGGGUGAGCGAAACUAAGCGGAAAAAAUGUAGGCUCCUACCAGCAUUUGCAUGCAACGCGCUGAUGGGAUAAUUUUGAUUUCGUAAGUUCAGCUUCGAUUAUUGUUGAUUUUUUUACCAUAAGAUACGGCCACGUAUUUAUUGGUUUUGUAUUGUAACAUUUUGAUUAUUUUAUUCUGUAUCAUUUUUAUUUUGUGUAUUUUUCAAGGAAAUUUUUAAUUUGAAAAUUUCCCACAAUGGUUUGAUCUUAUAUCUAUUUAAAGUGUGAGAUUCACAAUAAGUUUAUUGGAAUUGAAAGGGUAUAGAAAAAUGUUUUCCCUAAAACUUACCAAACGGGGACCAUCUUAACAUUAUUAUGUUUAAAAAAAACCUUUACAGGUAGUUAUGCAGCAGAUGGCAUUUCAUGUGAGUUAUCUCGUUUUCUAUUCUAGCAACAAGCUGAAUUGUGGCUUUCUUUUAGCGAUAACAGAAAAUAUGCGCGCCGCGGCACAACUAUCUAUAUGAUAUAAUUUUAAACUAAAAAUAUAUUGACUCUACAUUUCGAACACGUUAUAGUAACAUCUAAUGAUCGCUAAACACAGGUAGUGUUGCAUGCCAAGUGCGAAAAAUGUUGCUAAGAUAAAAGAAAAACGGUAGGACGUUCUUUAAAAUGCUAUUAUAAAUACCUACAUAAAAAUUUACUUGUAAUGCUACUUCAUUGAAUUAAUGCUGUUUUAAGCAUCUGAACAAUUAAUGGAAGUUUAUUUGAUAAAAUAAAAUUGGUAAAAACAUGCUAAAAUACGGUAGAUUUACUUUGAAAGAAAUAUUCCCGUUGUCAUCAUCAAUCGGAUUAACGGAUGUCAUCGAGUUGGUUUUCACGCAGUUGAUAAAAUAAAAACAAAAUAUAAAAACCGACAAAACAUACAUACAGACAAAAAAGACAAAAAC